AUGGAAUUGAAAGCAAAAAGAGCGGGAGGAGCCCAUCUGAUGGCCCUAAUAAUACAUCAGCCCAUCUUCAACCCAUCAAAGUCAGCCGAAUCCACUCCACGCCAGCGUUCACGGCCGAGGUCCCUCUUCUUUCGGGACAAGAAUAGCCCAACUUGCUCCGAGCCCACGUCGCCAAAGGUGAAUUGCGCUGGGCGGGUCAAGGAGCGGGCCGUGGUGAAGGGGCCAGCGGAGAGCAAAGGGGACAAGAAGCACACGCUGGUCAGGUCGUUGACCAGCUCGCUGCGAGGUUCCAUGUUCGUUGAUGGUGCCAUCCGUUGUUGCCGGUCACCGCGGGAUUUGGUUACCGGAGACAGUGACGGGGAGGAGGAAGGAGAAGGGGAGGAAGGGGGCUGUGAUUUGGCACGAUGGUUUAUGACGGCGGAGUUGGCCGGAAAGGAAGGGAUGGAGAGGAUGAUGAAGGAGGGAGAGGUGGAGGUGGUGGGAGAAGUUUCGGUUUUAGCGCCGCCGCUUAAUGCUUUGCAGCUGAUGAAGCAGAGAUCGGCUUCGGUGAGGGUGGCGUGCAUGGAAGGGGAGGGUGAGGGGGAAGUUGUGGGAGAUCGUAAAAGAAAUUGGAUGUAA